CUUCAUCCAGCUAUUACACAUUGAUUCCUGUCUUCUUCUUUUUUCAUGUACUUUUUUUUUUGUUGUAAUUUGUAAAAUUUCAACAAAAAAUAAAAGCGUGUCCUUUAACCUUUCCAAUCAAUAAUCCUAAUUUAAAAAGGUAUCCAAACCAAUACACACAACUCCUCUCUUAGAGACUCACUCAAAGGUCUCAACACAUAAUAAACUCAUUAGCUAGCUGUCUGUGCUUAGACUUAGCUUCUCAGCUAUGUCCAAACCAUUGCUUCUACUCCUUAUUCCUUUUCUCUUCUUCUUCUCACCUUUUCUGCUCACAGCGGCAACUGCAGCCGCUGCCGUCGAAAAUGUUGCCGGCCAACUAUUUAGAGAAGCUCCGCAGUUCUACAACUCCCCGGACUGCCCCUCCGUCGACGGAAAUGCGGAAGCGGACGGCGAAGUCGACCCGGAUGAAAACGACAACCCCAUGUGCUCUGAGCACGCCGUCCACGUGGCAAUGACCCUCGACACCGCCUACAUCCGGGGUUCUAUGGCCGCAAUCCUGUCCGUACUCCAACACUCCUCAUGCCCCCAGAACGUACUAUUCCAUUUCGUCGCCUCCGCUUCCGCCAACGCGUCCCACCUACGCACCAAAAUCUCCACCUCCUUCCCUUACCUGAAAUUCCAAAUCUACCGUUUUGAUGACUCCGCCGUGUCGGGUCUAAUAUCCACCUCUAUUCGCUCCGCCUUGGACUGCCCCCUCAAUUACGCCCGGAGCUACUUGGCUGACCUCCUCCCGCUCUGCGUACGACGUGUCGUUUAUCUCGACUCGGACCUCAUCCUCGUCGACGACAUUGCCAAGCUAGCGGCCACCGAACUCGGCGUAAACUCUAUACUCGCCGCGCCGGAAUACUGCAACGCCAAUUUCACUUCUUAUUUUACCCCAACAUUCUGGUCAAACCCGUCUCUCUCUUUGACCUUCGCUAACCGGAGGCCCUGUUACUUCAACACCGGAGUGAUGGUGAUCGAUCUGGACCGUUGGAGAGGUGGGGACCACACGAACAAGAUCGAGGAAUGGAUGGAGCUCCAGAAGAGAAUGAGGAUCUACGAGUUGGGUUCUCUCCCGCCCUUUUUACUGGUCUUCGCCGGUAACAUUGCUUCCGUUGAUCACCGUUGGAACCAGCACGGUCUCGGAGGAGAUAAUUUCCGGGGACUUUGCCGGGAUCUUCAUCCCGGUCCGGUCAGCCUCUUGCAUUGGAGUGGGAAAGGUAAGCCGUGGGCUCGCCUCGACGCGAACCGGCCCUGCCCAUUGGACGCUCUCUGGGCUCCCUACGAUCUCUUACAGACUCCAUUCGUUUUGGAUUCUUAAUUCAGUGAAAAUCGAAAUUUGAAAAAAGAACUGUUAAUAGUUUAUAUUUUUAUUUUUCGAGAGAUUUUUUUUUUUUUUUUUGGGAAUGAAUUUGUGUGCAUGGUUCAUUGAUCGGAGUACCGAAUAUGACGAAGGAAAGGGUAUGGGUUGGUAAUUGGAUUU